CAGAAGAGGGCAGUGACUCGGGACAGGGCCGGGCAGCGACACAGAAGCGGGUGGGAUGAGGUUUGCAGACAUGUUUGCAGGCCUGCCCAGCCUGCCACGGGGCGGCCCCACAUGCUUCCGCACGAGGCCCCAGGAGCUGAUGAGGACGCAGGCAUCAGGGGGCUCACACUGGGGGAGGCCCCUCACACGGGCAGGGAGGGAUUGCUCCCCCCAUCUCCUGUCACUGGGGCCUGGGCUGCACUGCGGGACGCUGCCCCUGGAAGGCUCCAUGCAUUCUCCUAGCGCCGGGAGGCCACGUCAUCACGAAGUAAACCCACAGUGAGAACGUGGUGAUGGGGCGCUCUCAGCCUGCCUUCUGUGGCUGACAGCACGAGAGCACAGAGCGGCUCAGCCAUAACAAAGACCAUCAGGGUGCCGGGUUCCGGUCUCCCUGGUGACGGCUCCCUGGGGGCAGAGUCCCAGGGAGCCACAGAGAAGGCAAGCAAGCAGGAGACGGGCCCUGUGGCUUCUGCAGCAGGGCCACCCUCAAGGCAACUCAUGACCCCACCGAGUGCACCGGUCACGGGAAGGAACCCAUCCAGCCCGGGGCGGAGCCUGGCCACCUCUUCAGGAUCCCACACGCGCUCAGCACGGCACACUGGGAGCGCAGGUGUGGGGCACAGCAGUGAAGACCCUGCGCCCACACCAGCUCCACUCCCGAUUCCGCUCCUGAAGAGACCGCUGGCACGCAGCAGAUAAUGAGCUGAGAGCGUGGGCCCUGCCACCCACGCGGGAGACCAGACUGAGUUCCGGCUCCCGGUCGGCCUAGCCCACUCGUGUCUGUGGCAGGCAUUCAGGGAGUGAACCACCAGAUGACAGCUCUUUCUGCCUGUCUCGAUUUGUAAAAUGCGUCGGUAACUCAAUGUUAAAAAUGGUUAAAAGUAUCUCACAACGGGUCUGAAGUCCAGUAAGUGUUGAAGGAACAGACGGUAUUCAGACCAUAGCAGGGAUCUCUCGCCAAAGCCUUCCUGAAGCCGUGACAGCGUGCUGGCUGUGUUUCUCCGAGACUGGACCAGAAAAGGAUCUCGGCCCUCCUGGCCAAACAAAAAGCCAGUGUUCCGCCAGGUCAGCAGGCGUCCCCCGCCUGCCGGGAGGAGACUGGCCCGAGCCGCGCCCCCCUCUCCCGCGCACUGUUUCCCGCUCCUGCCUGCAGAACUUCAGGUCCAGCCCUGGUGCCAGCCUUGCAACUGCACAACAGGGCCCGGCAACGGCCACAGGAGCCCUCCUGCUGCAAGGCUGGCCGCUGUCCACCCGGGCCUGAGCUGCACCCAGUGACAGCCCAGGAAGUGCGGGGCGGUGAGAGGCCACACUGACCCCAGGCCGUGCUCUCCUGAACCCCCCGGGUCCUUCAAUGCAUCCUGGUUCUCCAGACGCAGAGGGUGCUGCGUCAUCACUCUCACAGAAGAGAGAGACACCACACCCUGCACGAUGAUCCGCACCCCGAGAACAAGCAAGCAAGUGGCAUUGAGACGGAAGGAAGCGCUUCAAACCCCCCGCAGGGGACAGCGUCCACCCUGGGCUCUCGGGUUCAGGAGGGGCCCGGGAGGGGCCCAGGAGGGCUGUCCAGCAAGCCCAUUCUGAAGCCAAACCUCACCCUGCCUCGCCCCUUCCCCCAGCUCCCCGGCAGGGGUGCAGUUGGCCUGCGGGGUGCAGCUGCUGGCUGGGGUUGGGUUUGGCAAGCACAGGCGGCUAGUCAAAUUAAAGAGUUCAUUUAACGAUUCAGUGGACAGAUUGGAACGAGGAGGCAAGUGUCUAGCGGCAGGCGCCAGCCUCCCCGCGGCUGCAGGAGUCCUAAGCUGGUCCUUCCUGAGGCCUGGCCAGGGCUGUCGGCCGGGCUCUCCCUGAAUCCUGGGCCCUGGCGGGAGUGCAGCGUCUGGCACUGAAGAUCAGCAUCGUGGGGCUGUGCUCUGACCACACCCUGGAGGCCAGCAGGGGACAGUGACUUUUGAGGGAGGGGCCCGGACAGUGGGUGGGGCAGGGGCACAGAUCCCGCCGGCCUCCCCCCCUCCAGUGGGCCGUCUCUUGUUUCUCUGAUCUUACUUCAUUGCUGAUUGACCAAUAACAAUCGCAUGCCUUAGGUGGGCACAGCGUGAUGCACAAUGACACGUUUCGAGUGUUUGCCAGCCGUGCAGGGUUCUCCUCUAGCGUGCAUCUCCCAUGAAGACCCCCGGGAUGCAUGGGUUUCAGCGUUUUCUCAAACUGAAAUACAUUCAUAGCCUUUAAUUCCACUUUCCAUGAACUUUUGAAGUUCACUGUGGAAUGGAUACGUCAGGCUGACACGCCCGCCCACUCACUUGCUGGUCGAUUCCCCGUGGGGAAGACACUGUGUGGCUCUUUCACCACGGUGAGAUCUGUGCCACAUUACAUGAACUGCAGUCCCCACGCUGGGCAAGAGGUCACGGAAGUCACGCCCCCAGCCUGCCCCAGACUCUGCGUCCUGGCCCAAUAUCUCACCCGCCCCACCCUGCUGCUUCUCCUCCCUGGAUCCCCCGGGUGGGUGAGGUGGUGCAUCAGUCGUCUGCCAGCCCCGGCUUGUUUCACUGCACACAGAGGAAUGGGAAGGGGCCCCGUCUCGCCCCACAAGCCACCACCAGCUCAGCACGCAGGGCGACCUUCGACGCAGGACCUGCAACCCAAAACGGCUCGAGGAAAACACAGGGGAAAAGGGCUCGCGACACUCGUCUGGGCAGAGACUUUGUGGGUGCAACCACAGCACAGGCGACGGGAGCAAAGCUGGGCAGACAGCGCGGCAUCAAACUACACAGCUUCCGCACGUCACGGGAGCCACGGGCGCGGAGAGAAGAGGCCACCUCCAGGACCGGAGACGUCCUCAUCCUGUCCUUUACAGGGUGCGCCCCCCUCAGGCACGGAGACCAACCAGACCCGGACCCGGCAGGGACCCCGCUUCACUCUUAGUAUUCUGUUCAUUCAUUGGAAAGACCGAGUGAGAGAGAGUGAGAGAGAGCGAGAGCGAGAGCGCCUUCUUCCACUGGUUCACUCUGCAAAUAGCUGCAACAGCCUGGGCUGGGAACCUGGGGGUUCAACUCACAAGGUCACCAAGCGAAAAUGGGACGGAUGCACAGCUGUCGUGCCGAAAUCCUGCCCUCCCCACACUGCGGCCAGGCAGGCAGCCGUGUCUCUCACGUUGUGGCCCAAGCAGGUGGCGGCGACAAGUGAGCCUCACCGCAUGCGCCGCUUCCUGUGCCAGGAAAUCUUUCAGUUCCUCCUCUUCCUCUGCUCCAGUGGGCAGGCACGGUCUCGCCCACACCCACGCCCGGGGGACCCUGGGUGCAGCUGUGGGUGAGCAGCGAGCAGGAAGGGCUACAGCGGGAGCAGAAACACAGGCACGGAGGACAGGUCGGUGGACUUCCCUCAGCCCUCAGCAGUGUGCGUGACACAUGACACAUGUCACCAGGAGCCAAGGACAGCUGCAGAGGCUCCCUGUCCACACAAGGGCUCUGGGCUCCCCCUCAGCUGUGAGGAGGGCCCAGCCUGGCCACACUCAUAUCCCAAGCUUUCCAGGGAGUGGCCUGCCUAUAUGUAAAUGUGUGUGAGUGCAUGUGUGCAUGAGUGUGAGUCCGCAAAUGUGCAUGUGCACACGUGGGUGUGGAUGUGCAUGGGUGUGUGCACACACAUGUGGGGGGUGUGCACACUUGGGUGUGGGUGUGCAUGGGGGUGUGCACACAUGUGUGUGGGUGUGUGGGUGCACAUGUGGAUAUGGAUAUGCAUGGGUGUGUGCACACACGUGUGUGGGUGUGUGGGUGCACACAUGGGUGUGGGUGUGCAUGGGUGUGUGCAUGGGUGUGAGCCCUGUCUGAAUGUGAGUGGGUGUGGGUGUGCAUGGGGGUGUGCACACACGUGUGUGGGUGUGUGGGUGCACAUGUGGAUAUGGAUAUGCAUGGGUGUGUGCACACACGUGUGUGGGUGUGUGGGUGCACACAUGGGUGUGGGUGUGCAUGGGUGUGUGCAUGGGUGUGAGCCCUGUCUGAAUGUGAGUGGGUGUGGGUGUGCAUGGGCAUGAGUGUGUGGUAAAAGAGGGAAAGAGAGGAAGGAGGUAGCACCUGCCCUGGGGGCUCCUCAGCCUGCUGUGCGGAGG